UGAUCUUUGGUUAGAAGAGACAGUAUUCCGGAAUUUCUCGUCAGUCGAUCGGCAGACUUCGGCCGCGAAGGUUGUCAGAACGCGACGAUAAAUGCAAUGUCAAUAUUUGUUGUUUUUGUUGCAAUUGCUAAUUGAUUUAACUAUAACUUAGUCUCAUGGAUCGCUCGCUGAAAGAUAACGAGACAUUGAACUCGAUCUUACAUACGAAUAAACGACUUUUGGGGAUUAGGUCUCGAAGUUUCCUUGACACCGUGUAUACUGAGCAACAAGUUUUCGCUACAUUGCAUGCGCUACACAUUACUUGCGUGUUCCACAAUUCUACUACCUCUGCCGCAGAGCUGGACCUCGAUUAUUUGGAAAAGAGAGGUGGAAAUACAAUAACCUACCAAGGCGCCGACAGCGGAUCGAAAGAGGAUGAUAGUCCUGCGGACACAUUAGAUCGCGUUAAAAUCAUCUUUCUAGGUGCGCCCGGCGUGGGAAAGACAAGUAUAAUUCGACAAUUUGUCUGGAGCGAGUUUUCCGAGGAAUACAUACCAACCGAGAGACGGGAGACGUUUUAUCCGAGCGUAGUGUUGGCUGAUCGACUGUAUGAAUUAAAAAUCACCGAUCUGCCGACCAUUCCGUACUUCCCGGUCAGCUCGCAUCUGGAAUGGACAGACUUCCGCUACUACGGAUUGCGGAGCGCGACGGCAUACGUACUUGUGUUUGAUCUUAGCAAUCAGGACACGUUUCAGUACAUCAGAACGUUACGGGAACAAAUCUACGAAGCGCGCGACAUGAGAGGCGUACCAUUGCUGGUGGUGGGAAACAAACAGGACGAACUGUCGCAAUCCGUUGCUUCCGGCAGCAGAUACAGAGACAUCGUAAACCUCGUACGGAAGCACUGGAGAUGCGGUUAUAUUGAGUGCAGCGCAAGAUUUAACUGUCGCGUGGUGCAGGUAUUUCGGGAACUGAUGAAAAGUAUUCAAGCGAUAGAAGGUAGACCGAACUCGCCAUCACCUGCGACCUCGCAACCAAUGCGAUCCCAUUCGCACGAUAGCGGUGAGAAGUGCAGUCUUCUCUGACAGUGAGACUAGAUUAUUUUCCUACUACGAGACAGGAUCACGAAGAUCGUAGAUCGUGCAAUCGCGCGCGAGACCGCACCCUACGACAGCUGUACAGUAUCUGAUGAUAUCCAUCGUCGAUUUACGAUACAUAAUGUAUUGCGUAUUGUUCGGUCUCGAGCAAUGAAGAUUACUUGCUCAAUGAACAGCACGUCAAUCGACGAAAGCCGAAAGCAAUAGAAAUCAUACAGAUGAUUCUUCUAAAGCUGCGGAAAUUGAACGUGCGCAAAUGCACGAGCGAGUGGGUGAUUUCGAAAUAAGCGACAAUAAUCAUCGAAAUUUCAUAUGUCAAAAUUGUAAAAUCGCUACAAGACGCGGUGAUCCAAUUUAUUGCAAACGUGAAUCAUAUGUAUUACAGAUUUUGUAAUUUAUCAAAAGUCAUUUAUCGAAAUUUCCAAAUUUUAACGAAAAGAAUUAUCUUAUA